AGGCCGAGCUAAAUUCGUGUGCGGUUGUGCACUUCAAGAUGGCGCCACUGCAAAUUUGUCUGAGUGAAUCGUUACGUAGGUAGUGAGGUCCUGAUGAGAUGGUUACAUUAUAUGCAAAGCUGCCAGAGGAAUCGCUGGAGCAUGAUGAUCGCAGCCUUGAUCCAACAUUAGGCUGAAUGCAUUGUGAUUUCCAAUAAUUGAGACAGUGAUUCUGAAAGCUGUCUACAUUAAUGAAAAGAACAAUGUAGUCAGCUUAGCAUAUCCAUCUCUGAUACGUGUUCUGUUCUGGAUGUGCUUCUGCAUGCAUUCUACAAGAACAAAUCAAGUUAGUUCAUAUCAGCUGAUUCGUAAGUUUGAAAGAAGUUUAGAUUCUGUAGAAAAACAAUGGAAAUAGAUGAUGUUCUACCACCUCUCCCUUUGGAGCCACCUCAUGAUUUUGGCCAAGAUGAGGGCAGAGCACCUCCACCACCUCCCCUGCAAACGUCCAGUGACGCAGAGGUAAUGGACGUUAGCUCUGGUGGUGAUGGAUACAUAUGCACCCUAGGGGAUGUCGAAGCAAAUCCACUGCAGCCCCUCAGCACUGGCACAAUUGCUUUCUGUAGCCAGCCCUCAAAUGAGGCCAAUUACUCCAACCCAUCGUGCCCCAGAACAGCUCGUCACGCUCCCCCUGUAAUCAAUUUUCUACCAGAUAGCAAGCUGCUAAGGGAUGUUAAGGUCCGUGUUAGCUUCGUUGAAAGCAGCUGUAGCAAAGACAGGAAGGUUUUGUAUACAGGUGAAGAGAAAGAGCGAGUUAAUGAUGAUAGUUUAGACAAUAUGAAUGGUGAGUUGGAUUUCUCCAGUGAUCAGAGGCUAAGCCAAGGUAGCUCAGGAACGGCAGAUGGAGAUGGUAGGGUUUUGGAGGCUGACACAGACCUUGAGGACAAAGUAGAGUAUGCCGUUCUGGAUGAGUUGGAUGACGUCUAUGACAAUUUCAUGGAUGAUGAAGAAAAUGGCGGCUUUCAGUCAGAGGUCAGAAUUCAACAGGAGCAAGCAGAUGGAGAGUCCAUGGCUUACACGUACGAGGAGGAAUUCGACAAUGACGUUGACGCUCUGCUGGAGGAGGGCAUGCCAGUCCCCAAAAAGAUGCGUCCAGCAGAGGACAAAUUUAGUGGCGACAGCGAUCACCAAUCAGACGGUGACGGAAGUGUUCAACCCAUGAUGACCAAAAUUAAAACUGUCAUGAAAAGCCGGGGACGUCCACCCACUGAGCCACUUCCAGAUGGAUGGAUCAUGACAUUCCACAACUCAGGCAUUCCAGUCUACCUGCACAGAGAGACCAGAGUCGUAACUUGGUCCCGACCCUACUUCCUUGGAUCAGGCAGCAUAAGGAAACAUGAUCCUCCAACCAGCAGCAUCCCCUGCUUGCACUAUAAGAAGAUGAAGGAAAAUGAGGAGAAGGAACUCAACGGCGUCGUGGAUCGUCAAGCACAAGAGUUUCCUGUUAAGUCCAGCGUGGGGCUAAAUGGUGACGACCAUGUAGAGAACUCCAACAACACAGCUGAGGUGCCUGAUAAUGUUCCUGCCUCCAAUUCUGCUGACACCGCCCUAGAGGGUGAGGGCAUCACCAAAGACAGUCAGCCUGCUAAAGGGCCUCCACACUGGGACUUCGCUCAAGGAGCCCUAGGACAAGUCAAGGCCAAAGUGGAGGUGUGCAAGGACGAGUCCAUUGAACUUGAAGAUUUCCGACAAUACCUGGAAAAGUGCUUUGACUUUGAACAAGUGACGGUGAAGAAGUUCCGCACAUGGGCUGAGCGAAGGCAGUUUAACAGAGACAUGAAGAGGAAACAGGCUGAAUCAGAGAGACCCAUCCUACCUGCAAACCAGAAACUCAUUACACUGUCAGUCCAAGAUGCACCUACUAAGAAAGAAUUUGUCAUCAAUCCCAAUGGGAAGUCUGAAGUUUGCAUAUUACAUGAAUACAUGCAACGUGUCCUUAAGGUUCGGCCUGUUUACAACUUCUUUGAAUGUGAGAACCCAAGUGAACCCUUUGGCGCAUCUGUCAUUAUAGACGGAGUCACCUAUGGCGUAGGGACUGCAAGUAGCAAAAAACUUGCCAAAAAUAAAGCUGCAAGAGCCACACUGGAAAUCCUUAUACCUGACUUUGUGAAGCAGACUUCUGAGGAAAAGCCAAUUGAGGCAGAUGAACUUGAGUAUUUUAACCAUAUCAGUAUAGAAGACUCGAGAGUGUAUGAGCUGACCAACAAAGCGGGGCUUCUUUCACCGUAUCAGAUUCUUCAUGAGUGCCUUAAAAGAAACCAUGGGAUGGGAGACACUAGCAUAAAAUUUGAGGUCAUACCAGGGAAGAAUCAGAAGAGUGAAUAUGUGAUGACUUGUGGGAAGCAUACUGUGCGUGGUUGGUGCAAGAACAAGAGGGUUGGCAAACAGUUAGCAUCUCAGAAGAUUUUGCAAAUGCUUCAUCCUCAUGUGAAGAACUGGGGCUCACUACUACGAAUGUAUGGCCGAGAGAGUAAUAAGAUGGUCAAGAAGGAGAGCUCAGACAAAAGUGUGAUUGAGCUGCAGCAGUUUGCUAAAAAGAAUAAACCAAACCUUCAUAUCUUGAAUAAACUGCAAGAAGAGAUGAGGAAACUGGCAGCACAAAGGGAGGAAACUAGGAAAAAACCCAAGAUGACCAUCAUGGAAUCUGCCCAGCCGGGGAGUGAACCUCUCUGCACUGUUGAUGUCUAACCAGAAAGCUAGCCAGGCACCACACUCACUCUCUUUCAGCACUCCCAUCGUCAUUGCCAUGUAGGAUGGUAGAUCAUGUUACGUCAUACUGCUUGCUUCUCGUCUGUGUGUAGUUAGAUUGGCUGGUAGACAUCAGGGUAGGACAAAAUGCACUAACAGACCAUAGCGCAAUUACCAUCUACCUCUCUAGAUGCUUCCCAUCUUUGGUACAAGGAGAAAGUCACCCUGGGUGCAGUUAAGAUGGCAUGUUAGAAACAUUGUACAAAUACAAUGCAUGCACAUCAGACUGUAACAACCACUACCUACCAUGGCUUUGUUUUCAAGUGUCUUAAUAGCUUCAUUUCAAUACCAGCACCUGUGUUUUUAUUAGUGUGUCACAAAUUUGAAAGGGACUACUUGUAUUUAUGCCAUUAUUGGGAAACAAAGUGACUUGCAUUUUAUGGGCUUGAGUUAUGGCUAGUAUGGUGGAGUACAUUAUUGAUUCAUGAUUUUUUUUUUUUUUGUUUCUCUCCCCUUCCAAAUUGACUUGGUCUGCAUGCUUGAAAAUGUGUUGUGAUGUGAUGAGUAGGUACAACAAUUGAACAAUUAUGUACUUGUGUCCUGUCCAAGAGAUUUGUUGCUGACUUUUUAGCCCGCCUCCCCGGCCACAGUCAUUUCUUUACCAGUCUUUACUUGACAACACUGUUUGGAUAUUUAAGCCGUGCACACCAAUUAACAUUUCGUUAGCUUUGUAUUUUGGUGUUCUUAACUUAAAUAAAUGGUCAACAUGUUGCCUUAGCUAAUCCUUUUCACUAAGGGCCUUGGGUGUAUUGAUUGGACCUAAAACUUGUGUGAAAAGACCAAGUCCUCACUUCCAAAAUAAAGCAUUUACCUAGCAAAUUAGUAUUUUUAAAAGAUAAGUAUGUCCACAGCAUGACUUGAGGUAUUUAUCUACUUUGUAUCAGUUUUGUAUGUUUACCUUUAUGCUGACAGCUGACUGCGUAUGACAGUACGUAUACAUCAAUAUAUUGUGCAGAAUGCAACCAUGAAAAAUUUACUUGGAAGGCUGUCACGUAAUUUUAGUCCAACACAAGCUUCUGAAACUGUAUACCAAAGCCUAAAAUCCAGUCAUAUGCAUUUUAUAGACUACCUAAUGUUGCUGCAAACUUUGCCAUUAAAAGAAUAUCUGUAAAAGAUAAGAUGCUAAAAUAGAAAACUGCUGUGCAUUAAAGUAUUUGGCUUGUCUAUUUCAGUUGUGAGGCUGAGAUUUUGGUUAGUUUUAAUGAUUUUGUUUCUUUCAUCAUGUAUAUGUGUUAAGUGUUUCAGUGUGAGACUUGCUUGUACAUGUUAUGCUCUUCUUGACUUGCACCAGUGACUUCUUUGGGAUGGUGUUGCCUACAGAAUGAAGUAUAGUAUGUAUUGUAACAGGAACUUCAUGACUGGUGAUGUUUGUUAUGCAAAAUAAAAUGUAUUGACUAAUG